UAUAGUCACGAACAUUAUUUAAAACCCAUUGUAAAUUUUUUUUUUACUUUGGAAAAAUUUUGUUUUUAUUUUUCUAAAAUCUUAAUUAGAAAAAUCAUUAUGGGCAAAUCUUCGAAACGAUAUUUUUCAUCAUCAUCAUCAUCAUCAUCACAUCAUUAUCGGCGAUCAAGAUCAAAAUCACCAGAUACCAAUCGAUAUGAUCGAUCAUCUUCACAUGUUAAAUCAUCUUCGCAUAGUAGUAGUUCAACCAGAUCUUUGUCAUCAUCUUUCGAUACGAAUAAACAUGCUUCGGAAAAACUAAAGAAAACAAUCAAAGAUCAGAUACGUGAAUCGAAGACGGAAACAACAACAACAAAUAAAGUAUUCAUACCGAUCGAAGAACAAAUAAAAAUGAUGAAUAAAAUCGAUGAAAUCAAUUAUGAUCCAUUCAAACCGAAACAAUUCAUUAGUAAUCGAUCGGAAAACAGUAAAACAUGUCAAUCAUCAAGUAGUUUGAAUUUAAAUAUAAAUUUAUCGGAUAUUCCAUUACCAAGAGAUAUGAAUUCAUGGCGUGAAAAUCCUCGAAUAUUGCUCGCACCAAAGUUACUCGAAGGAACCAAAGAAUCACGACAACAAAAAUGGCAAGAUAAUUUAUUAUAUUAUGGUAAAAAAUUAUUAUUGGAAAAACGAAAAAAUGAAAUCAACACAUGUACAUAAUCUAUGAUAAUUUAUGAUGAUGAUGAUGAUUGAAUAAAUUUUUCUCAUGCAUUUUAUGAAAACUAAUA